CCGUCAACGCAGCCGCUUUGAUCACGCGGCAAGUGAAACGGAACGUCGGAGUGCACGGAAUAAGCGGUUUCUGAACGCAGCGUUUAAUGUCAAAUGUGGCGGGAAUCCUUGCACAGCAACCACCUCAGAACACUUCACCCGCGUGCACCCCUGUUCACUUGGUGCACCGACUCUGUCCACACAACAACGUGGUGCAAGGCUUCGAGGUGGAGAAGAAGGACAGCCUUGACGAACACCUCGACGCGCUCACCAGGAAACUCGCUGAGAAGGAGGGCCGUCUCCAUAUGUCUAAAUACAAGAUACGCGAGACCCAAGACGAGAUCCAGAACCUGCAGGCCAUAGACCACGACGUGAGGUCCAAGUACAGAGAGAUCAUGGACUCUUUGAGGUCAGACUUGUGUUCCAAUGAGAGGGAAUGUAAGAAACUGCAAGAACAAAUUGAGUGGGUCUCUCGGCGUAGAGCAGAAAUUAGAGAUGAGGUGCACCAAGGACAAAAGCUGUACGGCGCAGCUGCAAUGGAACUGGCCACCAAUCUAGCCGAGCUACAACGCGGCCGGACCAUAGACACCAGGAUCACAGACAAACCACAACCGGUGUCUUCGUGUAGCAUCAGAGCAAGGAGAGAGCCAAACCUGCCCAGAGCAUCGCCAGUCAACUCCUCUAUUAUCAAAUCGUCAAGUCUGUCCAACGAGUCCAUACAUAUUUACGGACCUUUGAAAUAUUGAACUAUUGUGACUCCGUUCUGUUGACCAUAGACAAUAUGAAAAAAAAUUCAUGUGUAUUUUAUAGAGAAUUUAUUUGAUUAAUUUAUUGUUUAUUUAAUAUAAUUAUAUUACGUAAUAA